UAUGCAUAAUAUUAGAGCGGAGUAAUAUACGGCUGGGAGUAAGUCCCUGGCGUGCAACGAGAGGAAAAACACACAAACAAAAGCGUUAACUUGAGGUUUUGGCGAUGCCGCCUACUGAGACCACCAUUACGCAUUGAUUAGUUCCCCCCACAGUGAAGCAGCAGAGGAAUUUCUGGGUGCAGAUAUAGGACCACUCCUCUCUCUGCAUACGAUUUUCUCUCCUCUCUCCACAGUCGGGGCUUGUUGGUGAGGAAGGGGGAGGAUGGUCUUGCAGUCGACGAAAGGAACAGGAGUUUAUUGAGGAGUAGCUGCAACGGGAGGAAAAGCCUGUGCACAUGAGCCUUGCGGAUGUCAAGAAGAGAAAAAAAGAAAGGCUCGCGCCUGGACAGAUGACCGCUCUGUUGAAACACUGGCGCUUGAAUUGUUUAACUUGUUGAUGCAACGUUUUUCUACUGUUUCCCCCCCUUCUCGUCUGGGUGCAGUGACACAUAGAUGGGUGGCGGAAUCGCAAGUAUUCUCUUCCUAUGAUAGGUAUUUAUUGAACUCGCCGUGGAUGCAGUUUAAAGAGAAACCUUCUUUAAGAUGCAAUUCAUCUCCGAGCCGUAGCACUGUGAUAACCGGAGCAGGGUCGUUUUAAAAAAGAAACUACAGGUCAGCAUGGCAGCAGGUGUAGCGGCAUGGCUUCCCUUCGCCCGAGCAGCGGCCAUAGGAUGGAUGCCCGUGGCGAGCACCCCGAUGCCCAUGCCUCCUCAAGACAAGAGGAAAGCCCAGGACGGACUUAUUAUCCUCAACGUGAGUGGGACCAAGUUUCAAACGUGGCGAACCACUUUGGAGAGGUACCCGGACACUUUGCUGGGGAGCACGGAGAGAGACUUCUUUUUCCACGAGGAGACGAACGAAUACUUUUUCGACCGCGACCCUGACAUCUUCAGACACAUCCUCAAUUUCUACCGCACGGGGAAACUACACUAUCCGCGCCAAGAAUGCAUAUCCGCGUACGACGAGGAGCUCGCGUUCUUUGGUAUUAUUCCCGAGAUCAUCGGGGACUGCUGCUACGAGGAGUACAAAGACCGAAGGCGCGAAAACGCGGAGAGGCUUCAGGAUGACGAGGAGAUGGACAUGAACAAUGACGUCACGCCAGUCAACCUGACGUUCCGGGAGUACCUGUGGCGGGCUUUUGAAAACCCCCACACCAGCACCUUGGCUCUGGUCUUCUACUAUGUCACGGGGUUCUUCAUUGCCAUAUCAGUGAUGGCCAACGUGGUGGAGACGGUUCCCUGUGGGUCUUUGCCCAACAGGUCAAAGGAGAUUUCCUGUGGAGACCGUUACGCUCUAGCCUUCUUUUGUUUGGACACCGCGUGCGUCAUGAUCUUCACGGUCGAGUACCUUCUCCGAUUAAUCGCGGCGCCCAGCCGGUACAAGUUCAUGAAAAGUGUGAUGAGCGUCAUCGACGUGGUCGCCAUCAUGCCUUACUACAUCGGCCUGGUGAUGACCGACAACGACCAGGUGAGCGGUGCUUUCGUCACCCUCAGAGUCUUCCGGGUUUUUCGGAUUUUCAAGUUCUCCCGGCACUCCGCUGGGCUGCGCAUCUUGGGCUACACCUUGAAGAGCUGCGCCUCCGAGCUGGGCUUCCUCCUCUUUUCGCUCACCAUGGCCAUCAUUAUCUUUGCCACGGUUAUGUUUUAUGCGGAGAAAGGCUCCACGGCCAGCAAGUUCACCAGUAUCCCCGCAGCCUUUUGGUACACCAUUGUCACCAUGACAACACUGGGGUACGGUGACAUGGUGCCAAAAACAAUCGUAGGGAAGGUGUUUGGGUCCAUAUGCUCUCUGAGUGGGGUGCUGGUCAUUGCCUUGCCUGUCCCUGUCAUAGUGUCAAACUUCAGCCGUAUCUACCACCAAAGCCAGCGGGCAGAGAAACGACGAGCACAGAGGAAAACUCGCCUCGCUAGAAUCCGCGCUGUGAAGAUUCGAGGCACUAAUGCCUAUAUGCGCUACAAACAAAAUGGGCUCCUGAUCGACUCACUGGAGGAGGCUUCCAAGGAGGCAGGACAAGCCCUGGUGGGGAAGGCCCCCAGCCCUCCUUUCGAGAGCCAGCAUCAUCAUCUGCUGCACUGCCUGGAAAAGACCACGAAUCACGAGUUUGUGGACGAGCAGACCUUUCAGGCAAACUGCAUGGAGGUCUCCGUAAUGAACAAGUCCGGCUCCCGGACCUCCUCCGUGUCCUCGUCUCCUCACGGCCUGGGCUCAUGCUGCUCUCGACGCCAUAGAAAGAAGAGCAGCUUCAGCCUGCCCAGCACAAAUAACCAGGAGCUCAGCACCAUACAGAUAAGAGAGAGGCCAGUGGCUAACAGUCGCGCCAGCCUGAACGCUAAACUCGACGAGACCGUGCCCUUGAAAUGUGAUGAACCUUACAUCACUCCCUCCAUGGUCAGCUUAUCUGCCCCGGUGGUGACUUCAUCAGACGGGGACGGCUCCACCACCACAGCAUACUCUCAGAGCAACAUUGUCCGAGUAUCUGCCUUGUAGAUGUCACGCCUAUCUGAUCGGCUAACUGGUCUCAAGAAGCACCAGAUGCUGAGGAGAGGGACCACCGAGCAUCAACCUGCCAUAAUCUAAGAAGGAUUAUAAGAUUAACAGAGGUCGAGGGUUUUUUUGAAGUUGUUAUCUCAUCUGAUGUCAAACUCUGCAUGGUAUUAAUAUGAUGUGGACAGCUGCCUUGGAAGUGAACCAGCAGAUCUUGCUCCAUCAAGCACAGCAAGAGCAAGGAAGAGGGCGAGGAACGCGUGGUCAUCGUCGUUGCCUAAAAAUACUGAGGAAAAAAGAAAAACAACUUUAUUUUUGAUUAUGUAAUGUAGUCAUAUUUGUUGUCUAUGAUUUAAGGAGGAAAUGCGGAUGUUUAAAGGUCAUUCUCGAUGGCCUCUGAUGACAAAGCACACAUAUUCAUUGCCUGAAGGCGAUCUUUGUGAAUAUUAAAUCAGUCUCCUUUACACAUCGCGGGACAUUCGUUUCACUCACUGCUUGUUACAUCGAUUGUUUUGAACCCCAACCCCCUUCAAUGACAUGUUUUCUAACGCUCCCCUCACUGUUGUAAAUUCCAAAAAUCGUACAUCCACCAGAAUGGAUAACUGUUGUGAUUUUUCAUUAACUGACUCAUUAACUAGUUGAAAAACAUCGCUCGAUGACGAGUAAAAUAUACUACGCAUCCUGACCAUGUUUGUGAAAUGUGCAAAGUGAAAGUCAAAUGACGAAUUCUGUGUUAGCUUACAUAUUUGACAUCCUGAUAUGGAUCUGUGUGACAGCCGCUGUCGUUAGUUAAUAAUUGAUACUGAGAACUAUACAGGGUAUAUAUUAGUUAGGUCACAAGGUAGAAACAUAAGUCAAUGUUCUCGGCGGCACUUAACUAAUACUAACCCUAAUGUGGACACGUGGUAUUUGGACUGAAAACUAUAUGAGAGAGUUUUGAGCAUCAAUCCCAAUGACUUACCAAUUCUUAUGAUAUUCAAAAGCAAGCCUCGGUGGAGUUUACUGUGUCAAAGGGCCAUUUUGUACACUUUUCAUGUUGUAAAUAUCUCAGUUAGGACUUUCUCAACCGCAUUUGAAGCUGGCUCCUCUCUUAUUUCUAGAUUUAGUUGACACUUGUUGGCAUUCUCUUUCUGUCUGUUAACUGGUUGAAUUAAGGAUUUGCAUGCUCUCAUUGCCGAAUUCUGUUUUAUUAAAGUAUGUCUCUGCUUCUUGUUGGUUUGUCAGUAAAAACGAGAUUGGUGGGAAGGAAACAAGUGAGCCUGGUAUGUCAUGAUGUAAAUUCUGCUUUUAAUGAAACACAAGUCUUGUCACGGACCACAUAUGUAAGCGGCAAGGGAAAAGGGGACAAAUGAUCACACACAUUGUGCAUUUGGUGCAGUGGAUAGAAUAAAUACUGUAGCUCUAUGGAAACAUCCAUUAAAUGACCCAUGUCUUUUCUUUUAUUACAAAAAAAGAAAGAAAAUAAUUAGGUAGAUCUGAUAAUGUUUUUUUCACGACUACUCAAAGAGCAUCUUUUAUAACAGGAUGGCAUAAUAAUUAGGUGCUGCUGGAGGACAUGUGAAGACCUGACUGGCCCAGCGGUGGGUCGCGGCUGCAGGGUCUCUGGAGACAGACUGCAGGCCUCUGUGAUUGUUUGACAGAGAGCGCAGCACCGACCCCCCCUGCAGAGCUGAUUGCGUUAGUCCAGGCAGCUUCUCACAGCAUGCACUGCCGCUGCUCUGCAGUGUUUAGUAACUGCUGAGAAGUCAGCCUGCAUAAAAUCUAAGAUAACGCAGCGGCAUAUAAAAUAAUAAGCUUCUUAUACCCAAAUAAAAAAAAAAGAAAAAUCCCACUUUGACAACUGGGAUUUAAUUUAGUUAAUAUUUGGACAAUGACUAGACAAACGUUAUUAAAUUCUAUAUUCACUUGCACAGCGAAUAUGAAUACAGUCAUUGGGUCUAGAGCCACUUAAAAGAUGUUUAUAGGGGUGGAAAGUCUAUCUUUUCUUAUGAAAUAUGGACUUCAUCCUGUUUUUCAGCCGAUAAAAUUCUGAAGAAAACUGAGGGUUUACUGCAGCGUAUAUGAUUGGGUCACUUAGUGACGUGAUGCAGGCAACAGACACUGACAGGACCUCCAUGUCUUCAAUGAUAAUUAUCUGAAAAACAAUAGGCAAUUUUAAGAAUUAAGAGAUCUUUAGAUGAACUUUGUAUAACACAACAGAGAUUUUCAUGUGAAUCCCAUUUCAUUUACAUAGCACUAAAUCACAGCAACAGCCCCCCCGACGUGUUUUGUAUUGUAAGGUAACGACCCUGCAAUAAUAGAGAGUAAUCACAAGCCUAUUGCUGCUGACACUUACCUGUGAGUUUGUGUUUUUGUGAACCAAGUAAUUCACCAGGAUCGUUGUGAUCAGUGGUAACCAGAAUAAGAGGAAGGUUAGAAUUAUAUAGCCAGCACGUUUAGCCAUUUUGCCCUCUUUCUUUUUGUUUGCUCUCUCUUUACUUGCUUUUGAAGGCAUCAUGCAAACAGCCCCUUCUACCGCUGCAGGGAGUUGCAUUGCUUCUGUUUCGGGGACGUUGCUUGAGACUGGAGGUGAAGCGGUCACCUGAGCCUGUGAGGCAACAGUCAGUGUUUCUCCUUCAUUGUUGUUUAGGGCUUGGUCAGGCUCUGUCAGUAAGAUAGUAGUAGACUGAGAAUUUACAUUUGGUGCAGGCAAUGAUGGGGGCUGCAGGAGGCUGUUUUCUUUGGAUUCUUCUUCAGACUUCAGUCUGUCUUUGGACUGUUCCUGUGUGUUGAAACUGACUGACGCCCGCUUUGUGGUUAAGCUCUUAACAUUUGAAUCAGCAUCUCCAUUUGACAGAUUCACUUCAACCUUCAUGACAUGGGGGUUUGACUGCUCUGUUUUUAAAGGUUUUUUCUCAGUAAGCACUGUAGCCUGUACUGGAAGGGGCCGAGCUUGUUUUGUUUCUGCAUUGCUCAUCUUCACUGUAUCUUUAAAUUCUUUCUUAUCCUCUGAAUUGAUGGAGACAGAUUGUACUGAUUUUUCUUUGGGUGAAUUUGAUUCAGCUUGUGUCUGAGCAUUGCCUAAGCUCAAAGUGGGGUUUUGCUCAAAUCUUCCACAUUCAUUUUCCACCACUGCGGCUUUUUCUUUCUCCGGCUUCUCUUCAUUUUUGUCUUUUGUAGCAAGAGUAAAAGUACCUUUGUCAAAUAUUUUACGGCUGUGUGAUCUCACCAGGGCAAAUAUGCGAGCGUAGAAUCCAAUGAUGACACCAAAACACGCUGCCCACAGUGGGAAUAGCAUGUAAAGCCCAAAUUUGUCAAAAGAGAAUAACGUUUCUCUCUGUUGUCGUUGGCAUUUCAUAUGCAAAGGUGAGUCCCUCAAAAAUAUCACACAAAAAGCAGACACCAGAAUAGCGAAGGUCCAUGUGAGAGGAAUCAGCGCCUUAAUUCGCCUUUUCCUUUGAUUGGCUUUGAAGGGCUGUGCAAUGGCCUGGUAUCUCUCUGCACUUAUGCACGCCAGUGUUAACAACUGGAUACAGCAGCUGAAUGAAAAAGAGGCCAUUUGUACAUCACAGAUGAAACUGUCCACUUUUCUGUUUCGAUACACACUCACAACGAUGGUUAAGAGAACCGGGCAAUCGAUUACACAUCUCAGAAAGUCUAUAACAGCCAGACUGACCACCAGCGCGUUAUUGGAAGUUUGCAGGGACUUUUGCCGAUACACCGCCAGUAUGACAAAAACAUUUGCCGCAGCCCCCACAACAGAAGUGCUGGAGAGAAUAAAGCUGUUCGCCAGCACAAAUGCGAUUUCAACGUAUUCCUCCAAGGCUGUAUUGUUCCCAGAGUCUAGUGCAGGUGUGGGCUCGCCUCUCAUCUCUGGAUUCAAAGAGCCAACAUAUUUAGUUCUUUAUCAUCACUCUUUCCACGCUGACCAAACGCACGUCAAGCCUGCGUCCCUUAUCGCCACUGAAUGAAUAAUAUUAACUGGUAAACCUGUAGCUCAGACAAUUUGCGCCAAAGAAUCCGCCCUUUUCAUUAUCAUUCGACAGCACCGGCGGGUCACCUGGGAGUCCUCAGUGUUCACAUUCAUUAAAAGCUCUGCAGUGUAUUCACAGCAGAGACAACUGGGGGGAAACGAUGGCUGUUAAUUAAAUAGCAAUUACGUCACCAUUGUCUCAAUCCUGAUAUAACUGCAAAAAAAAAAAAAAAAAAAAAAGCCAGGCAGGGGUUCAAAUCUAUAAUGCGGCGAUGAUGACGGCAUGGCACUGUAAUGCACAGGAUACUGUGCGCACAUGUGCGAACUGAACAGCUGUCCGUGUCAUAUUAAUACAGUGCACCACAAAGGUUAAAAGCUUUGCAUUAAGCAUGCCAGAUGGAUGACUUGGGAGUUCUUGAAUUGGCUCAGGAUAUAAAGCGAGCAAUGCUGCAGGAUUAUUGCACGACACUGUGUAAUCCUGUUUGGAGAUAAAGUGUGAAAUGCUCUUUGCUUCAAAUAUGCAAGCUAUGGACUACACCAAAUCUGGGAUUAGAUUAAUAUAUAAUGCAUUUUGCUUUUGAUCAUCUAACAUAUUAGGCUGAUCAAAUAUCUUCCAGUAACAUAUGGAAUCAAAUCAGAAGUUCUGGAAAAGAACAAAAUCAGUGAUCGCACAUCUGACAAUAUCUGGACGCCAAAGACAAUGUGCAGCUUAUAACCACAAGAUAAAAGAUCAAAAACACUUUAUUCCGAAGCAGAUGCCCAUCUGCAAUAUUUACAGCGCACCAAACAGGUGGGUAGGAACAAUGUGAGCAAGAGAGUGAAACAGAUUCACACUAAUAUAACAAAGCUUACAUACAGACAAAAAAAAAGACAAUGUAAAAUAUUGUAGCAGAGCACUAAACAAUUACCUGAAAGAUAUCACUCAGCUGUGCACAGUGUAAUGUGAAGUAAUGUGACGUGUAGAUUUAAUUUAAAAAUACUGCUACAGUUUUGUAACUACAGUGCGCCAAAGGGGAAACUAGCUCUUUCGCCGUGCUUGUGGCUGUUCCUGAAGCCUGAGACUGUGUGGCUGGAUUUCAUUGAUUAGGACCACUGAGAAACUGAUCUGCUGCUCAAAGCUGAAGUUUGACUUGUCACAUAGUAAUUUUUGAGUAAAACUAAUGAUGGAUUGUUACAGUGAUUGAUUUAAAUUAAUUAUCCUGUUUGUUAGCACCAACUCAAGAGUGAAAAAAAAAUUCUCCUCAACUGGGUGCUUUUACUCCAUCGUUAAUCAGCAAUGCAUUUUUCUCUUCGUGACUCAUCGUUGCUUCAGGAACGUGUCACGUGGGACACGAUGUCCUGCCUUUGAAUCAGACCCAGAGAUGUUAUUAUGUUACCCUUCUCUGAACCGCCUAAUGCCCCUUUGAACUGUCUACACAGACGAAAAAGCACAAAAUAAUACAAAUGAAAAAUUGCCAGACCACAGAGCAGGCUAACCAAGUAAAAUGAAAGUCUUUUACUGCCUGACUGACUACUCAUUGUUAAAACAUGCACAAGGUGAGCUGUGCAGCAAGCUUGCUUAACAAGUGCACCGAAAUUUCUCAUGUUUUCCUAAUGCGAUUUUGUGGGUAGAGAAAAACUGAUUUAAGCAUAUUAUUUUUUCUUUGCUAUUUCCCUAGAAUAAAAAAAUAAUAAUUUUACCGAGUACAUUGUGUAUUCACAAAGGCGCUCGACAAAGAAAUAAUGCCGGAGCAAUGUUUUUGUGCAGCAGACGUUUGGAAAGUGUGAGAGUUGGGAAAAGGAAGGACUUAUUACAUAAUCCAAAAACAAAUAAAAUUAUUUGACCAAGCUGUCAGUAUUGAUUAGACCACGGAGCUGGCUACUGUUGACUUUAAUUCAAAUUUUUUUGUUGUUGUUGCAUAAUGCUAUCACACAGGAGGAUGGUGUGCUGUAUAGCUUCCAUAAAAACAGAUCACCUAUUCCCAGAACAGUCCUCCUAAUGUAAAAAGGGUCACACAGUCUACUAUAUGCACGAAUUAACAAUUCAUUACCCAACAGUUCAACAAUAUUAGGAAGAAAAAUAGGAAAUGACGUCUUAUAUGAGUAAAAUGAGUAGAAAAAGAUCCACUGCAUUAAAUUUAUGCAAAAAAAGAAAAGAAAAAAAGUCUAGGAUUUCAGUUUCCCACAGUCUUUCUCUGCAGUCUGGGUGUGUUUAACCAUCCUAGUGUGUUUAAAAAUGGAAAGAAAUUGAAAACCACAUACAUUUUUUUAUGUAGUGUAUUUCUGUUUGUUAUAUAUCUCCUUCAAUUCAUAAGUAAAAAUCAUCACUGGUUUUGUUAGUAAAAUGUUACAGAUCAAAAGAAGAGACUACAAAAUAACCACGCAAUAUAAUAUUCUAGUCAGGAAAAUAAAUUUAAAACAAAAAAAUAACACAACAUUUACAUGGUAUUGUGUUGCAUUACAGCAUUUUAUUGUGAAGUUUCCCGUUUUUUUGUCCAACCUUCUGAAUAUCCCUGUCAGCCUCUGAGCUGAUUCUGUUCUCUAACAACGUUGGUACCUCUGUGACAGACUCGAGUCUGUAGGUGUCCUGGUCUGUCUUCUUGAUGAGGCACCAGUGAACGCAGACAACCAUGACAGCUUUUUUUUGUCACAGAGGCAACACCUUGCUGUGUGUGUUGACACUUCUGCCAAAGGAGGACAGCCAGCUCCCCUUGUUCACAGAGUGCAUGCGGAUGCUGACACUGGUGGACCCAUGAGGAAUGUAACGGCCACAAGACAGCACCUCCAGAGCACAAUCACGGAACUGAUAGGAAAAAAAAAACAACCAAGAACAAGAACUGUCAGGAAAUAUGAGCAAUAACUUCACAAACAGUGUUUCUUCAAUCUUUGUUCACAAUCAAGAUUUUAUCUCAGUUCUACAGUACCUGUGUGCUUUUACCUGUUUGUUGGAAAGGAAGUAGAUGAUGGGGUUGUAGAUUGGACUCGUCUUGGCAAAGUACAUUGGCAUGGUGGCAACUAGAGGAGGAAUGUGCAGCUCUGGAUCUAUAACUACCACCAAUGACAAUGCUGUGUAGGGCAGCCAGCAGGCAAAAAAUGCUACUACCAUAGCCAACACCAUACUGAUGGCAUGAUCAUUCUCUUUCUGGCUGGAACGCCCACCUUGUAGCUCCACACUCCUGUUCAGCUAGAAGAGAGCAACGUUGGGCCACAUUAAAAGCUAAUUACUUGUUUUACUAUGCAUGCGGUAGACUGCAAGCAAACAUAGAUAGAUGCAUGAAUUUUAAAUGUUGCUUAAAUGGCGUAAUGAAUAAGCAAAAGCUAUUACACACCCACCUUAUUCAUGGAUUUCAGCAGUUUAAAGUAGCAGUAGAUGAUGAUUGCAACUGGAAUAAUGAAGCAGAGGAGUGUGUAGAAAAUGAGAUAGCUGUAGUUGCUCCAUGAUCUCUCUUCCCAGGCCAGUGAGCAGGAUGUCUGGACCCCCCCAGGUCCGUAGGAGCUCCAGCCAAAUAAUGGCGCCACAGCCCAAAACAAGCAGAAGAUCCAGACAAACAGCAAGCCAAAGAUGCUUCUCCGCAUCCUCAGCUUUAAACCAGCUUUUGGCUUGCAUACCACAUUGUAUCGCUCAUAGGCAAGAAGAGUAAGAGUGCAGAGAGACACCAAACCUAGACAAGACAACAACAAGAAAACAUAACUGACAUUUAGACAGUUCAAGGCAUACUUGGAGUUCUUUUCUUUUAUAGAGUUAUCAACUCCAAUGAUUUUUGAGUAUGCUCGGGUGUCAUGAAGAAGAUAUCUGAUAAAUCUGACACGUGACUAAACUCUACAUGCAAAGAAAACAUUCAUAAAACACAAAAGAAACAAAAGUCAUUUCUUGAAAUGCUAAAAAAGAUGCUCCAAAAAUGUAAGAUUUUCUAAUGUUUCUUGGUUCCCAGGAUAUUUAAAAGCAGAAUGGGAAGCAGAGCCUUCAACUUUCAGGCUCCUCCCUAAGUCUGGUUCUUCUAGAGGUUUCUUCCUGUUAAAAUUGAGUUUUUCCUUUCCGCUGUUAAAUGCUUGCUUACAAGGAUAAUUUUCUCUCGAUUAUUGUAGGGUCUUUACCUUACAAUAUGAAGCUCCCUGGGCAACGGUUGUUGUGAUUUGGCACUGUAUAAAUAAAAUUAAAUUUUCUAGAAAUCUAAAGCAUUACCGGUAGUAAUUUUAAUUAGUAUGUCUCACUGUGACAGAAUGACAGUGGCAACUGGAUUCAUACACUACAUUUUAUUAUGUGUAAACUCAAUGUGCUUAACAGAAGAAACAAACAUAUAAACCUCUGUGUCUAGGUCUGUUUGAACAAAAAAGGUUUUGAGUCUAUUUUUGAAUGUUGCCACAGAUGUAACUGAUCUCAGGUCAGCAGGCAGCUUGUUCCAAAGAGCAGGACAACAGUAUCUAAAAGAAGCACCAUCAGCAUAUUUGGAUCUGAUUCUAGGAACGUCAAGAUCUACACCUGAUCACCAGAGAGGUCUGACUCGGUCAUAAACAGUGAGCAAGUCAGAGAUGUACUGGGGGUGUUCAAACCAUUAAGAGCUUUGUGACCUAUUAAAAAGAUUUAAAAGGUAAUUCCAUGCUGUACUGGGAGCCAGUGCAGUGCCUUCAAUA